AUGGCGAAUCCCGAUAUGUAUCUGGAGCCUCUCGAGAGCAAUGACAAGUUGGCCGAUAAAAUCGGAGAGGUUAUCAGAGAAGCACAAGCAACUACAGACAAAGUGGAGAAGCUCAAAUGCCUUACCAAGGCAGAACAUUUGCUUCUAAAUGUGGAUAAUUCUGGCCAUCUUCUGGACAAUUUUCUCGAUGAAAUGCUCGAAUUUGCAUCUUCCGAUGACUUUCAUAUGCGCUGCUUUUCUGCUAACUUCAUAGAGCAAGCAUGUAAAAAGGAUGCGGAUGUCUUGAAAAAAGCAAUAACUCAUCUCUCUUACCUUCUUAUGUCAGGGAGCCAUUCGCGAGGCGGUGUGAAAGUUAUGAAACGGGUCAUCAUUGUGUGUACAAACAUCUAUCCUUAUAUACUGAAAUGGGCAUGUAGCCGCAAAGCAGAUGCCGAAGUCGAGAAGUGUUGGGAAGCAUUUUCGGUUCUCAAAGGAAGAAUUGUUAGCCACGCAGAUUCCGAUAAUGAAGGGAUUCGCACAAUGACUUUCAAGUUUCUGGAAGCAAUAGUCCUGUCACAGUCUUUGAAAACAGAGGAAAGUGAUACCAGCAGAGGCGACGACGUAAUGUCACUCAAUGAAGUGCCUAGAGAUCAUAGAUUCAUUUCAUACCGAAAGCUACAGUCAGAAGCUACGGUAAACCUUCAGUCUCUCAUGGAUCAGACCACAUUGCCUCACAUUUCUGCUCAGAAUCUGCUCACGGUUUUAACGGUUUUAUGCACGAUUUCGAGGCGAAGGCCAGAAUACAUGGCACGCAUUCUUGAUUGCCUUGAAGCUCUACACAUUAAUCUUCCGCCUACUCUAGGAGCUAGUCAGGUGAAAUCUAUGCGAAAGGAAUUGAAAGCCCAUCUUUUGCGGAUAUUGAAACAUCCGUCUUCUCUUCCGUUACAUCUCAGGAUCACAACUUUACUGACGGACUUAGGAGCUUCUCAGAGUGAAAUAAACAGAGCCAUGCCAUCAAACAUAGCUGAGCUGAGACGAAAGGCGUCCAAGCGACAGACUCCUUUGGAGGAGCCAGCCACGAAAAAAAAGGCCAGAGGAGAUGAGGCGUCAGGAGUACCCCUUGAUGACGACGAUUAUGGAGAUGACGAACCGGGUGCUGUGGAGGGAGCAGCUCCUAUACCAGACUCAGCCCACCAGUCCGCAAUAGAUAUUACUGCUGAAUUCAUCUAUGAGCGUUUGAAUCCGAAACUUGUUGCAAAUCUCGUGCUCAUAUCAUUGGUUACACUACCCGAUGAAAUGCCGGCUGCAUUCGCUUCGAGUUUCACACAGAUUGCCACUGCAGGAACAGAGCAACAUCGCCGUCAUCUUGCAAGGAGUAUGGCUACACAGGCGACAGCUCAAGAGCUUGGUCCAGGAGCUGAACAAAUGCGUAAAGAGAAGCUGGCCAAGCUCAUGGAAAGGCAAUCUGCUAGAAAAGAAGGCGUGUUCAUUCCGCCGACGCCAGCCGUUCAUGUUGGGGGUCAUCACGGGCCAAAGCCGCCUCUGAUUCCUCCUGGAGCCCUGCCUGGACCGACACCUAUCCCAGCUGCUCCUAAAGUGAAGCAGCAGUUCAACAUAUUUACUGACACAAAAGAGUUGUCGAGGCAAGAAAUGGAUGAACUUUUUGAAAGCUGUUUCCAUGCUAUCAUGAAAGCUGAACGGAGAGCGCGUCAAGGAGGCACGAUGUCCAUGCAUCAUGUAGUCCUCGUCCGGAUUGCCACACGAUUUUAUCCAUUACCGGAAAAGUUACACAACGAACUGAUUGAGUUUAUUGUUGAUACUACCCAACAUCGGCAUCGAACCGAUCUUGCCUUAUUGUGGGUAACGGAGCUAUAUUCUCAAUAUCAAGGAUUUACUGUGUGCUUCAAUCACGACUACAUGACGAGUUAUGGUCGUGCACCAAAAUCAGAGCUCUUCGAAAAGUUCGACUCAACACUGUGUAGCCUACUGCAGAAACUUUUGGACAAAGGGCAACACAAAGAAGCGCUAUUUCACAAAUUAUUACUCGAUUGCCCACUUGUUACGACGAACGCCUUGAGUAUACUUGAAAAAGCUUGCUUGGAUAAGGUAUAUGGAGCAUUCGGUAUAACUACACUUCGUGAGCUGCUUUUGACGAGGAAUCGGCAACGAUCUGAAUUAGUUGACAUGCUGUUCAAGCUCUCCUUUUACGAUUGUGUUGAGGUCAAGCAGUUAUGUGUGGAUACGUUAAAGGAACUGUGCUCAUUGAAAUAUAUGCACCAAGACUUGCGGCUUAAGUUGAUCGAACAGUUGAAUGAAUGCACAUUACCAACGCCACCACCACACUUUGUCGCUUACAGGCAUGUCACAGAAUUCGACGAGGCGUUGUAUCGGAGUGGUAUCCAUCUCUAUUUGGCUGUACUUCCCCUAGACACAUCAUUACUUCUCCCAAUUGCGAAGGUAUACACAAAGGCGUCGACGCUUCUUAAAAAGAUUAUCCUUCGAUCCAUAGAGAAUUCAAUCAAGGCCAUAGGAAUGGACAACAAAGAUAUGCUCCAACUACUCGAAGAGUGUCCAGUGGGCGCGGAGUCGUUUGUCGCCAGAGUUGUUCAUUUGCUGACUGAAAGGAGUACAGCCACAAAAGAGGUGGUUGCCCGAAUGAAGAAACUACACGAGGAGAGAAAUACCGAUGUACGAUCACUGAUCCCGAUUUUGAAUGGUCUCGAUAGGGAGGACAUUGUAAGGAUUCUUCCACAGUUCAUUCUAAAAGGAAUCUACCAGAAUUCAGUCGGUCUUGUCUUCAAGCGUCUUCUCAAUAGCAGAAACGUGGACACUGGCGAGCCGACGCUAAGUGCCCCAGAUUUGAUUUACGAAUACCACAAGGUUCAACCGACAACUCCCGAAGAAUUUGAAGUGCAGACUGCAAAUUUGCGAGAGUUGAUGGAAGCUCGUGCCAUGACCAGAGAAGCAGUCGCAGAUGGAAUCGAGCGAUUAAUGGAACUGAAUCCGCUUCCGGCUCUUUUUUACUGCACUUUGGUCAUAGUUUACAAGAAGUAUCCGUCGCUAGAUAGUUUCCUUGGGAAUAUAGUGCAGAAGGUUAUCGCCAAAGAUCUAUCAUGUCGUGACGAAAUAACGCGAAAGGCAUUCUAUCGGGCACUCGACAGUCUCAAGACGGUGGCAUAUUCGGUACGUGAAUUCUGUGUUAGCGCGACGGUGUAUUCUGUGUACUUGACUCAAGGGUCCGGCUUCGAUGUGAUUCAGCCUGCAACGCUUCGUUCUUGCGGCUUGUCUUGUACUACUAUGUAUACUAUUUAUUUAUUUCGAAAUUUGGUAGAAGUGUCAACCAUUCGAUCCUACGUAUUCAGUAUAGUGGAAUCCAGGAUUUUAUUAGCCGACACUGACAAUCCUAACCAAAUAGCAGGUUCUGUCAUAAAGACCAUUUGGGAUGCCUACAACUUAGCUCCCUGA